AAUUACAAUGAGAGGCAUUCAACAAGGAAUAGGUUCGGCUUGGCUGUUUCUGGCUCUUUCUGUCAAUUUUCAAAUUCUUCUAUCAACGCUUGCAGCCCCAAUAGAUUGCCAAAAGAACACUGUCGUCUGCUUGGAAGAAAUAAUGAAGGAACUCACUCAAGUUCGAUUUGAGAUCAACAUUCUCACAGAGAACAGAACACCAAUGAAAUCAAAAAACUGUGCCGAGCUGUACAAAUCCGGCCGAAGGGUCAGCGGCGUUUACCCGAUCGACCCAGAUGGUUCAGGCGCCUUCAAUGUAUAUUGUGACCAAACUACAGCCGGUGGAGGAUGGACAGUGAUCCAGAAGAGGAUGGAUGGCUCUGUUGAUUUUAACCGCACAUGGGAUGACUACAAACAUGGUUUCGGUAACUUGGUCGGUGAAUUUUGGCUCGGACUGAACAAGAUAGACCGCCUGACACGAAACAAGACAAACAACAUGCUUCGAGUAGAUCUAGGAGUAACCACUGGCAAAACUAUUCACGCUGAGUAUGACUGGUUUGGGAUUGGGACCGAGACAUCUAAAUACCGGUUGUACAUUGGCAAUAUUACAAAUGCGACUGUUUCUUAUGAUUCCCUCGGUCCUCACAGAGAUCUCGUUUUUGGUACCUGGGAUAGAGAUCCUGCCAAUUGUGCUCAAAAUAGAGGCGGAGGCUGGUGGUAUGGCAACAAUAGUGAUUGUGCUGUUUGGUCAAAUCUCAACGGUAUUUAUCGGCGUUGUGGAAAUGAAACCUGGGCCGAUAUCCAGUGGGCAAAAUUAGUUCCUACCAGUGCCAAGGGCAGCGCUCCUUCUUCAACUGGAAUGAAAAUUAGACCAGUGGACUUUUUUUGAUAUCUUACAUCUGCAACUAUGAG